CAGGCGCGGCACUCUUCGCACAGCGCCGGGCUCCAACUUUUCAUUUGCAACCACGAGGCCGAGGGACUGCGGUUGAGAGCCCCAGCAGCAGUAGCAGCAGCGGUAGCAGCAGCAGCAGCAGUAGACAAGGCGGCUUGGCAAGCUCGGGGCGAGUGGUGUGCGCUUCUGCAAGAGCGCUUUAACAAUAGGCGUGCCCGGUUGCUUUGGCCCCUGGGUUUGUGUGUGAGGAGGGCUGCUUGCUGGCUUGUGUCUUGGUACUGGCCACACGCACACACACGGACAGAGACGGAGGUACACGCGCGCAUGCACGCGCGCACGCAGCCUGCAACAUUCACCGACAACUCAGCCACCACCAACAGCGAUAUCAUUAUCAGCAGCGGGAGCACCACCACCAUUAACAGCGGCAGCGGUGGUAAUAGCAGCAGCAGCAGCAGCAACAGGUUCAGCAGCAUCACCAGCAGCAGCACCACCACUAUCAGCAAUACACAAUUACCAUCAUCAUCAGCAAUACACAAUUACCAUCAUCAUCAGCAAUACACAAUAACCACCAUCAUCAGCAUCAGCAAUAUACAAUCACCAUAAUCAUCACCAUCAGCAAUAUACAAUUACCAUAAUCACCACCAUCAGCAACACACAAUCACCAUCAUCAUCAGCAAUACACAAUUACCAUCAUCACCAUCAACAAUACACAAUCACCAUCAUCAUCACCAUCAGCAAUACACAAUCACCAUCACCAUCAGCAAUACACAAUUACCAUCAUCACCAUCAGCAAUACACAAUUACCAUCAUCAGCAACACACAAUUACCAUCAUCACCAUCAGCAAUACACAAUUACCAUCAUCACCAUCAGCAAUACACAAUCACCAUCAUCACCAUCAGCAAUACACAAUCACCAUCAUCAGCAAUACACAAUUACCAUCAUCACCAUCAGCAAUAAACAAUCACCAUCAUCAUCAGCGAUACACAAUUACCAUCAUCAUCACCAUCAGCAAUACACAAUCACCAUCAGUAUCACCAUGACCAACACAAAAUUACCACAAGCAUCACCACAAGCAUCAUCGUUAGCAGCAACACAAUCGCCAUUGUCACCACCUACACCAACACCAUCCGCAACACGAUCGCCAUCUGUACCAUCAUCAUCAGCUGUAGCAGCGCCAUCGCCACCACCGCCACCACCAUCGUCAGCAGCUGUAGCGGCACCACCAUCCAGCAGCAGCAGCAGCACACAGCCGGGCACCCAGCUGACAUCUUGCGGCGGCGGCAGCAGCAGCAUGGGGCGAGAUUUUCGCCACUUGGACCAUCUCCUCGCCCAUCGGCGGGGCGCGCCACUCUGCUCCUCCUCAUCAUCAUCACCGAUGCCGCCGCUGUCUGUCACCAUCCUCCUGCUGCUGCUGCUGCUCCUGCUGCUGCUGGCGCCUCAGCCGGCAGAGUCCUGCGGACCUGGUCGCUUGAACGGGGGCCGGUGGCGCCCGGCGCGCAAGCUGACGCCGCUCGCCUACAAGCAGUUCGUGCCCAACGUGGCCGAGAAGACGCUGGGCGCGAGCGGCCGCUACGAGGGGAAGAUCGCGCGCGGCUCCGAGAGGUUCCGGGAGCUGACGCCCAACUACAACCCCGACAUCGUGUUCAAGGACGAGGAGGGCACCGGGGCCGACCGCCUCAUGACGCAGCGCUGCAAGGACCGCCUCAACUCGCUCGCCAUCUCCGUGAUGAACGCGUGGCCCGGCGUGAAGCUGCGCGUGACCGAGGGCUGGGACGAGGACGGCCACCACUCGGACGAGUCGCUCCACUACGAGGGGCGAGCCCUCGACAUCACCACGUCGGAUCGCGACCGUGCCAAGUACGGCAUGCUGGCGCGACUCGCCGCCGAGGCGGGCUUCGACUGGGUCUACUACGAGUCCAAGUCGCACGUGCACUGCUCCGUCAAGGCCGAGAACUCCAUCGCGGCCAAGAGCGGGGGCUGCUUCCACGGCGACGCGCGCCUCUUCGUGGAGGGCGGCGGCUCCAAGAGGCUUCGCGACCUGCGGGCCGGCGAGCGCGUGCUGGCGGCGAGCGGGCCCACCUCGCCGCCCGCCUACAGCGACCUCCUCCUCUUCCUCGACCGCGAGCCCCGCCAGCGGCGCCGCUUCAUCGCCCUGGAGACGGAGGGCGGCGGUCGCCUCCUCGUCACCCCCUCGCACCUCGUGUUCGCCGCGCCCAGAGACUCCGGCGGUGGCGGCGGCGAUGGUGGCAGCGGUGGGCCCCCGGAGGAGCGCGCCGUGGCCAUCUUUGCCAGCCGCGUGCGGCCCGGCAUGUUCGUCUUUGAGCUGGCGGGUGCUCCUGCUGAUGCUGAUGCUGCUGCUGAUGGUGGUGCUGAUGGUGGCGGUGUUGUUGGUGGUGGCGGCAUUGAUAUUCCUGGCGUUGUUGGUGUUGAUGUUCCUGGUGUUGUUGGUGGUAGCGUUAGUGGUGGUGCUGGUGGUGUUAGUGGUGGUGCUGGUGGUGUUAGUGGUGUUGUUGUUGGCGAUGGUGAUAGCCUUUAUUUUGGACGUGGUGGUGUUGGUACCGGUGGCGAUGCCGCUCGUGGUGAUUGCAAGAGUGGUGGUGUUGGUGGUGCCGCUAGUCUUGGUGGUUGUGAUGGUCGUGGCAAUGGGGGUGACGCAAUUAGUGGUGGUAGUUGUAGUAUCGUUGCCGAAAGUGGUGAUGAUGGCAAUAGAAGUGGUGGUGGCUGUCGUUAUAUUUCUCAUUGCGCUGCUGCUCGUGCUGGUCGUGCUGCUGGUUCAGCUGCUGCUAACGCUUCCGCUGGUAGUGCUGCUCCUGCUAGUGCUGUUUGUUCCGUUGCUAGUUUCGCUGCCGCUGGCGCUGCUAGCGCUACCGGUUCAGCUGCUAAUUCAACUGCGAGUGUUGCUGCCUGUUCCAAUGAUGGCGUUAACGCUCGUGCUGCUGUUACUGCUGCGGGUUCAGCCGCUGCCGCUGCUGCUGAUGCCGGCGCCGCUGACGGAGCGCCACGGCUGCGCGCGGUGCGCGUGGCGCGCGUGAGCUGGGUGGAGGCGCUGGGGUCGUACGCGCCGCUCACGCACCACGGCACGGCGGUCGUCGACGGGCUGCUGGUGUCGUGCUACGCGGCCGUCGAGAUGCACGGCCUGGCUCACGUCGCGUUCGCGCCGCUCCGCACGGGCCACCAGCUCAUGCGGGGCCUCGGGAUACAACCGCGCGGCGACGGCGGCGGUGGCAGCGGCAAUAGCAGCAGCGGCAGCAGCAGCAGCAAGAGCGCACGGGGAGCGGAAGCAGAAGGAAUUCACUGGUACCCGCGACUCCUCCACACACUCGCCCGUCUGCUGCUGAGCGAAGACGCAUUCCAUCCUCUCGCCUGGCCGCGCUUGAGCAGCUGAGGAGCCAGGAGGAGCCAGCGGCAGCGGCAGGAGAAGGAGGAUGAGGAUCCAUUGCUCCCGGGGAGGCAAACGUUGCUAGAUCCGUGGCUCGGUGGACGAGAUCGGUCGACACGGGUGUGCGGGCGAGUGGGAAGGUUCGCGAUGAUGGGCACCGUGCCAGGGGCAGCCACGGGGGCAGUCGUCGGCCGACCGGGGCGACGCGGCCCGAAGGAUGUUUUGGGUUUCCCCCAAUUUGCUCGUUGUGUUCGAACACGUGACGGACGCGUCUCGCGGCAGGGAAUUACCCAGGCUCCCUAGGGGGGUGGGGAAGUGGGGGUCUUCAUCCAAGCUAGAAGGUUGACCAAGGGUCCUGUAAGUUAUAGGUGAGCUUGCAUUGAAUGUAUUGAAUGUUAAAAGUGAUUGUACAUCACUUGCAAAGCAAGUGUCGCCAAAUAUGUUGUUUGUUGUUGUUGUUGCUGCUGUUGUUGUUGUUACGUUGAACAAUGAGGUCACUUUGUUUUUUGUUCCUCGCCGAGGUCUCGACGUAUUGGCAGCAGAGAGAGAGAGGGGGUGGGUACCCCCCGCUACGUUGGGCCGAUUGGGGCAAUUUGCAUUGCUGAUGAGGAUUUUGGCUUCGUGCGAGUGGAGGAGGACGGGGGGAGAAGCCCUGAGAAAACCCAGCGCCGCGCUCAGUGCCGGAUUAAGCUAGUGCGGGGCCUGUAGCGGACGUUAGAAAGGGGCCCUACAAAAAAAAACACGCAAAUAUUAAAACGCAUACAGUUUAACUUGCACAGUAAUUUUUUUCAUUUGCUAUACAGCCAAAUAAUACGACAAAUCGUUAAUCUUAAACACCCAGUCGUUCAUAAAAGUUGAAGGCGGUAUUGCCUACUAUAAUCGCCCAGAAAUGUCUGUCCGUCCCGCGCGUGACGUCACUCCACAUGAGGCACACCCCACCGUGUGACGUCACUCCACACGAGGGCCACCCCCCUCAUUAAUAUUCAUGAGCGGGUGGAUUUUUACACUAACGCAGAGGAAGGUCGAGCUGAAUUAAAUAAUUUAUUACGCAAAGUCGCUUCAAAUAUGGCGUUUCUUUACAGAAAGUGACGGUAAAAAAUAAAUAUACGCAGCACAAUGCUACAUCCGUGCGUGACGUCACUGCAAAAGAGCCCCCCCCCUUCAUUAAUAUUCAUGUCCACGUGGAAAUUUCCACAAACGCACAAGAAGGUCGUGCACUCCACAUGCCGCACCCCUCCCCUCAUUAAUAAUCAUGAGGGGGUGACGUCACUCCACAUGCUGCACCCCUCCCCAAUAACCAUGAGCGGGUGACGUCACUCCACAUGGGGCCCCCCCCUCCCCUCAUUAAUAAUCAUGAGCUGAACAAUUUUUCUAUUGAAUAUUUCAGAUUUACUGCAACAUACACCCGUCCUUGGACGGGCAAAAAAGCUAGUAGUGCUAUAGUAAUAGAACAAGUGCAGAAUCACUGAACCGAAAUUGAUAU